UAGAUGUCAUGUCACUGUGUCAAAAUUGCUCAGUUCUUUGAGAAAAAAAAUUGAGACGGAUUGCUCUGUAUAAUAGGCUGGUGAACGCAACAGGUAUCAAUCGUUGUAAUAGUGAUUCUAAACUGGCGGCCUGGAAGAAGACAGGAACGUAUAUCAGAAGUUAGUUGAAUUAAAUUAUUGAUGUGGAAGUUACGCCCAUGUUAUUUAGUUAGCAACAACGACAACGUUUUUCUGGAAGACUAAGUCGCAGGACAAUACAUUUGAUUGACACAUGCUUGGCAUGACAGAAUGGAAUGUUCAGACAUCUCAAAUUACUGGAAGCGACACAGAAGAAAAUAGCCACUUAAAGUGCAUUAAACAAGAGAUGUCUGGCAUGAAGUCUAGCAACAUGAAUGGUGCAGGCACAAACAAGGCCGAUGGUUUGAGGGAACGCUUAUCAAGGCGACAUACCAUGGACAAUUUAGGAGACCAAUUAUGUCCCAGUACAAGGGCUUUUCAGAGAAUGCAGCCCACAGAUUCUAAUCUAACCCUUGAUUCAGACCUUUCUUCCGAACCUCAAAAUAGUCGGACACUAUGGAAUUUGAAUUCCAGUGUAGAGAACGACAAGGAAUACAUCAUGAAUCAGAAACUGAUUGAUGUGGAAGCAUCAAACCGAGCAACACGCCGCAGUGGUGUGACAAAUUUCACCUCUGGAUUGGCAGACAUCAAAGAGUCUUCUUUUGAUUCUGAUGUUGAAAAGAUGCCAAGAUCCACACCGCCUCCAUCGCCGAAGUCACCGAUCAUAAGAAGAUCCUCUGAUGGAUUUUUUAAGCAAGUUUCCACUGAGGUCCAUGCUAAACUAAAACGAUCAAAGAGCUCACAAGGUAUAAGUACGUAUGCAGCUCGGAGAAAAGCCCUUACAAGAACCAUCCAGGAAUGGGUCAACUCCAUCGAUAGAAGUCCCCACCCUGAGGAGGAUGACAAUGAAGCCCUGUCUUUCCUUCCUGUCGGAGAUUCACCAAAGCAGGCUAACACAUCAUCGUCUGAGGAAAGUAAUGAUUUUGAUGGUAAGCAAGCUGUAUUACCUAAGCAAUCGACCUCAAGCCAACUGGAACAGGAAUCCUCAUCAGGACAUAUUACAGGGCAUCAGAGUCGCGUAACAGGAGAAAGCGAGAGUUGCUCUCCUGGAGAAGAAUUAAAACCUUUGGCCAGUAAACCUACCACCAGUAAGCCAACCAGUCAACAGCAGGUGAAUAACUUCAGUAAACCUGUUGAUACACAGUUUUCAAAUUCAGAUUUGAUAAUGAUGGCAUCACACUACCGUCAGGAGCAUGGCCAAUCGCCAAUCACCAGACGUCAGCGACUGCUUCAUAUGGGUGUUAGCCAAUCUUCUGAGAUGUCUACAAGCAGCACAUGGUCCCAGAGCAGUUGCUUAGAUGAGAUUUUGAAGAACCGAAAUGACCCAGAAGAAGUUCUUUUGGACCUUGGGUUUGGCACAGGAGAACAGGAAUUGAUUGACCGUGUACCCACACGAUUCUAUUCAAAACCCUCAAAAGCACGUGGCAUGAACAUUGGUCAGUUUCUGACCAAUUGUCAUGAACAAGAAAUAAGAAGCUAUGAUGAUUUGAAUAUAGGAGGUGGAUUUCGAAGUAUUGUUGGGAUCUUGCAACGUUCUCGUGAAGGGCAAGCAAGAGAGCAGAAGAUGGCACAGAGGAUGAGGAAAAGGAGUGUGGUGAAUGCUUGGAAUAAAUGGCUUAACAGAACAAAAGUCACUGAAGGCCAGAAAAAUGAUGUUGACUCUAAUAAUGUUGCUGCAGACAUGUCUGUCGAUAAGAAUGUGGAUCAAAAGGAAACAGAAUUACAGGAUAUUCAGAUUGGGGCUUUAGAUUUAGGACAGAUUGGUUCCAAUAAAGUUGUUGAGGAUAUAAUUACAAGUUCUUCUGUUCAAGCUUUGCAUCAAGAACCAGAAUUGAUUGUUGAUGAUUCAGAAAAAGAAUCAGUUUCCCAACAAGAAAAGGUUUCAGAUUAUAUGGACUUGGAAAAACAAUCUAAGGUUAAGGAUGGACAGCACUGCGUUCUGCCUCUACCAUCAGCGAUGGAAGAUUCCGAGGGAUCUGUUGCAUCAAAAAAGAGCUCCUGCAGUACCAUAGAAGGUGAUUCUGUAGGAUCCACUGUAAUUAACAGAAGAGAUGUCUGGUCCAGUUAUGACAAGCCAGAAGAAAGCAGUUCGCAAGAUGUUUUCAAAGAUUCAUUGGUGCAAGAUCAUAGCGUUGAUAAUCUUGUAGAUAUUCGUAGUGUGAAAGACACAAAGGAUCACUUGAGACGGCUGCCUGGACAUUUCUUCAGUAAUACACCGCAGGAAUCAUUUGAGUUCGAAGAGGUAUCAACUGCCUCUGAGAUGAUGGAAGAUGAAAAACAGGCUGUAGAAAGAGCAAGUGCAAUGAAAGGUCAACUGAGCCGUGCAGGGAGUGCGCAAUCAGAUAGUAGCGGUUUCGCAGAUGAUUUAGUGGAAAUACCAGUCAUGAGUCUGCUGCCCCCAGUGCUUGAUGACAAUGAUGAUGAGAUUGUUUAUGUUGAUGAUAAAGUUGUACAGACAAAUUUCGAAGAUUUCCCCAGUAAGGAAGAACGCAGAUCAAAUUUGAUUGUCAGAGAAAAGUAUGACUCCUUCAUUGAGGAUAGUCCGUUUGACGACAACUGUCCAGAAAUUACUCCACAGCCAAGAGGUCGUAGUGGUACGUUUCCAAGACCAUCUGAAAAAGCUCCAUGGUCAGCAGACCAUCCACGGUCAGUCGUAGAAAUUCUAAAAACGUUAAAAGAUAACAGCGAAGUGGAUGCAUUGACAUCAAAGGAGCAAAGUCAUAUUGAGAACAGUGCAAGCGUUCCUCCUAAACGACCGCCUCUUUUAAAGUUGAAGUCUGUGUUUUCUGACUACCCAGAAGAUUGUCCAACUCAACUGGCUUUCAAGGAUUCAACUUUUAAACCAAGCAAUUCAUCUCAACUGCCUUCCAUUGAUUCAACUGAUCAACAAAGCAAUUCCAAUAUGCCUUCCAUAGAUCCAAAUUUUCAAGAAUGCAAUUCAUCUCAUUUGCCUUCCAUAGAUACAUCUGUUCAGCAAUGUAAUUCAUCUAAUUUACCUUCCAUAGAUACAUCUGUUGAACAAAGCAAUUCAUCUCAUUUGCCUUCCAUAGAUACUUUUAUUCAAGAAAGCAAUAUUUUACCAGAAAAUGCACAAUUAGAGUACAGCAAUUUUGAAUGCCAUACUUUAGAUAGUAGCACAACACUAUCACCAUCCCUGUCUGAACUAGAUUCAACCGGUAUGGCAACUCCUGUAAUAUUUGCUGAAGAUGAUUACACAAAUGAACCUUGUGGAGAACCAUGUGACCAAACAAGUUUAACAAACGUCAGUGAUGACUUACAAGAGACAAAAACAAAUGUAACAUCCACUUUGGAAGUUUAUUUUAGAGAUGACCAUUGUGGCAAUGUCAUUCCCAGCAAUGAAACUCCCAAUCUGGAGUUAACAUAUUCAGAUAGUGAACAUAAGAAAGUUUGUUGUGAUUUAAGUGAUUGGAUUGGCAGUGUGAAAUCAGGUGAUAUCCGACCACCAAUAAAUGAAAUGGAAUUCAGUAAUGCCAAACAACAGAUGGCAUUUCAAGAUAUAUUACUCCUUCAUAGAGCAAUUAGUAGUUAUAAGUUUGAGCUUGUUGAGUUGGAAGGGUUAUCAGACAAGAUUUACCAAAUGGUGCACAGUCACUUGACUCUUAGUGAAAGAUUUGAGUUAAGUUCUCUAAAAAGGUUGCGUCUCCAAGUAAUGGAUGAGGUCGAGUCUAUUGAAAGCCUGCUGGUCAGGCUGGCACAUACUAUCAGUAAUCAUUAUGAGGUUGAAGAUUUUUCAGGCACGUACAGAAAUGCACUUGACCAUUUGCAAGUGUUGAAACAGAUGAUUAACUUGCUUCAGGAACAAAAAAUGUUGCGGGAAUUACUGGGAAGUUUGGAAGUAGAGUACCGGAUUGCCUAUGGAAGCGUAGUCGACGAACAUCCAAUGCCGUGGACAGCUGAAAGGGCUCUGCUUAUUGAGCAACUGAUGGAUUUGAAAGCUGGAUUAGAUCGCCAACAUCAGUCAUCGCAGACGCAGUUUGCAUCAUCUUUACAAGAAAUGAAGCACGAUCUAUUAGAACAAUUAAGAAAUGAUGUGUUGGAAGAAACUGAAAGUUUGAGGUCUCAACUUAAGCUUAAAGAGACUGAAGUGGAAAACUUAAAAAGGCAACUACAGACUGGUUGUGAUGGUAAUAUUAACCAAUCAAAUAUCAGCUCUCAUGUCACGUGAAAACCUGUAACAGCUCAAGGCAAUUUGAGGAUAUGAAGGAACCAAUCAAGAAUUAGCUCUCAUGGCAUAUGUGGCAGUUAAGCUUGCAUUUGAAAAUAACAUUCCAGGCAAAAUGUGUCACAUAUAAAACCUGAUGAAGUAUUGACCAAUCAGAAACCUGUAAUAUCAUUGAGAUAUUGAUUGAUUUAGAUCUGUAAUUUAAUGUAUUUUAAUGGCAUUUUAAAGAACAAAUUAAUUAAUUAUGCCAUGGUUGGAUACUAACCUACAUGUUUAAUUAUGGUUUAUCAAAUAAUUGAUGGAUCACUAAUAUUGACUUUUAUAAAAACAAUUAAAAAAUUAAAACAGAUACUAAUAAUAUUGAAUUUUUAUACAGUGGUUUUAUAAGAUCCUAAUAAUACUAUAAUAUUAUCACUUGGUGUAUAUCAAUUUAGCAAACACACACAACAUUCAGCGUUUUACACUAUCUUUGAAUAUUCCUAGUUCUGCAGGGAUGCAUGUCACAACAAUCUUUGAGGUACUGCUCUUCCUGUGUGAAGUGAAACGUACAUAGAUGUAAGCCUUGUUGAAGGAUAGGCCUAUGGUGUAAAGGAUUUCAUACACCAGACCUCAAUAUCCAGGUCUUUAAUUGCAACCUCUUUGAUAUCCACUCCCACAAAAUUCAUCAUUUUGACCUCACUUAUGGCAAUGUGUCAAAUGUCACAAUUUUAUUUAUUAGUUAACCAAUGAUUAAUUCUUAUGGAUUGUAGAAUCAAUUUGAUUGGUAAUUAGACUAAGAACUAAUAGGACCGAAAAGAGACAGACACUAUGUGUAUUGUAGUCAAGAUGAAUCACAAUCUUUAAGUGAAUAGUUUUAAAAAUCUUUUCAAAAUUCAUGUUUAGACAUUUGCUGUGAAAAAUUUGGUUGUGGUCUGAAUGAAUAUUAUACAUUUUAAAACAGCUUUGUACACAAUAGCCUGCAAUUUACCCUCUGAUUCUGGGAAAAUGUUGCCCACUGAUGUUAAAGUAGGUUUUCUCAAAAAUAUUUAUAAAGGUCUUUUUAUAAUAAUAAUGUUAUAAAAAUAUAUGUUUUCUUUCAUGUGUUUGUAAUAAUUAUUCACGAAAAAACAGACUUUAAUUAAUCUAAGUAGUGUACUGUAAUCUUUCAAGCUAAAAAUAAGUAAUAUUUUAUGUGACGUCCCAAUGCACCUGUGACCACAAGUCGUGAAACGCAUUCCAGUGCUUAGUCAACCGGUGACCAACCAGUGAUUUUUAAGAGCUAUCUGAGAUGAAGUCGUAAAUCACUAUGACCACAAGUACACUACAACGCAGCAACAUUGCAUUUAUUUGUUCUCACUGGUGGAAGUUAAGGCCUAUGUUCUAAUAUAUUCAUAACAUGAAUAGAUUGAUGCUGUCAAUGCCUAAUAGCCAAUCAUUAGUGUAAAAAAUUCAGACAUGAGUUAUAAAGUAUUAAUAUCACAUAGAUCAACGCAGUGACUUGGUGUGUGAAGUUGGGGUUUGAUUGAUUUAUUUAUUUUCCACAUAAUGAACAAAAACAAACAUAUACAUGAUCAAACAUAUUCAAGAAAUCUAUGUGGAUGGAGACCACAAGAUUUCAUAAAGCAUCAUUUCAUAAGUUCAUAUGGAAAUUGAUAUUGUUUAAACCUAGUAGUCAGUGAUUUUUUUAGCCAUUUGGUUGACUGCGCAAUGAGCCAGUUAAUCGUUUGAACUGUGCAUGCAUGUAUCCUGUGGUAUCCAAGGUCAGUGGACAUAAAUCUAUGUCGAGUAUAUGGUAUUUAUGUUGAUUGACCAUAAUAGGAGCAUGUGGUGGUAACUAUGAAUUUGCUUAUUACUUUGGUAAAAGUCUUUUGCUUUUGAUAUAUCCUAGUGCAGGAUGAGGUAGUGGUGAUGUUGGUAGCAGCUGAUCAUAUAUAAUUAACUCUUGCUUAUUAUUGAUAUAGUACAUAUAAUGAUCAAUUAACAUUCCUUUAAUAUGCUUAUUGACUUUACUCUUCUGAUUGUAGACAUCUUAUAUUUAUUUUCAAAUACUAGUUGAUGAAAUCAUUAUCAUCACCAUGGUUACCUAAGUGCAUAGAGACAUUUACAGGAGCAGAUUAAGGAUGUUGGCAGGAGGGUGGAAAUUGCUUCCCCCUUGAACUCAUGCUGUAGCUAAGAUGCACUAAAGGCUGAAUCAUAGUAUUUCAUGGCCUGUAAAGAGUACUAUAAGGGGUAUCUGAGCCUGGCUACAUCUGUCAUGAGUAAACUACCCAUCUUGUUGUAACAAUAUUAAUGUUGUUGUAACAAUAUUAAUGUCUCUGAAUGAUAUUUUUUAUAUCUGAUUCAAAAUGCUUCUCUUGAUUUCAGCUUCUUCUUUCUAGUGACUAAUAUAUUUAUUAAUAUUAUUUUCAGUUGUGGUCAGCAAGAAAAUUAAUUAAUUGUUAAGAAACUGUUAGAAAUGUAAUGUUACUUGCACUUCAGUGAUGAUGAGUAUACGAUGGGUUAAACUAUCAAUAUUCACGAUGCUGUAUUAGUGUAUAUGGUAAUGUUAUGGUGGUCUAUUUUAAUUGAAACUAUAUUUUGCUACUAAAUUUUCCAGAACUUCUAUAUUAACAAAAGUGAUUAUGAAUAUAUAUUAUGCCAAAGAUUUAUAUUAAUACGAUAUUCCAUAUAAAUAAAUUAGUAAAUUCAGAAGAAA